GAGGAAAAAAACACCCCGAAUCAAGCAGUGUGUUAUGGGAGAGGAUUAAAACAAGCGUGUUUAAGAGUAAAGAACAACGACAGGUAGGAAGGAUCUGAUCUAGGCUCCUGAAAGCACAACCAGGCCACCUUCAUGUUCUGCCUCUCGUCAUUACCGAGUCUCCUGUGAGCGUGCCACAUCUUUACUGAGAUCCCUCGACCCCACCGCUACGUUUGCCCCCAUCCCUCGGAGCUACCACGUCGUACUGCUUCACUGGUUGGCAGCUCCUCCUCUCGCCCUGAGCCAGGAUGAAUGAUGUACAGGAGGCCACCUCCCCUGCGACCAGCCUCAGUGGUCCGGCUACCUGCGUUUCCAAAGUAGAGCUGCGCGUGUCCUGCAAAGCCCUGCUGGACCGAGACACCCUGAAUAAGUCGGACCCAUGUGUCAUACUCAUGGUGCAGACCAACGGACAGUGGACAGAGCUGGACAGGACAGAAGUGAUCAAGAGCAACUUGCACCCGGUCUUCGCCAAGGUUUUCUCAUGGGACUACUACUUUGAGGAGGUUCAGAAGUUGCGAUUUGAGGUCUAUGACAUCCACGGCACUCACAGCAUUGGGACCCGCGAUGACGACUUUCUGGGUGGGGUGGAGUGCACUCUUGGCCAGAUCGUGGCCCAAAAGAAGAUGGUGAAGGCUUUGUUGCUGAAGUAUGGGAAAUAUGCCGGCAAAUCCACCAUCACGGUGCAUGCUGAGGAAAUUUCUGGCAACAACGGGUACGUGGAGCUCUCCUUCUGUGCCAAGAAGCUUGACGAUAAGGAUCUCUUCAGCAAGUCAGACCCAUUUUUGGAAAUAUACCGAAUCAAUGAUGAUGAAACCGAGCAACUUGUGCACAGAACUGAGGUGAUUAAAAACAACCUGAAUCCUGUGUGGGAGCCCUUCAAAGUGUCGCUCAUAUCCCUGUGCAGCUGUGAUGAGGAGCGAAAGCUCAAGUGCCUAGUGUGGGAUUACGACUCCAGGGGGAAACACGACUUCAUCGGCGAGUUCUACGCCACUUUCAGGGAAAUGCAGAAAAUUUCCAGUGGAAAUAAGGUGACGUGGGAUUGUUUGAAUCCCAAGUACAAACAGAAGAAGAGAAACUAUAAAAAUUCAGGAGUUGUCAUCCUCAGUGACCUUAAGCUCCACAGAGUGUACUCCUUCUUAGAUUACAUCAUGGGAGGAUGCCAGAUUCACUUUACGGUUGCCAUUGACUUCACAGCCUCCAAUGGAGACCCCAGGAACAGCUGCUCUUUGCACUACAUCAACCCGUACCAGCCCAACGAGUACCUGAAGGCGCUGAUAGCAGUGGGGGAGAUCUGUCAAGACUAUGAUAGUGACAAAAGAUUUUCAGCUUUGGGGUUCGGUGCCAGAAUCCCUCCAAAUUACGAGGUGUCUCAUGACUUUGCCAUUAAUUUCAACCCGGAGGAUGAUGAAUGUGAAGAGAUCCAAGGAGUGGUUGAGGCGUACCAGAACUGCCUUCCUAAGAUCCAAUUGUAUGGCCCAACCAAUGUUUCUCCCAUCAUUAACAGGAUAGCCAAGCUGGCAGCAGGCGACGGCAACAUUAAAGAUGCUUCUCGUUACCACAUCCUGCUCAUCCUCACGGAUGGUGUAGUGACAGACAUGGCAGACACGCGUGAAGCUAUUGUGCGAGCCUCCUACCAGCCUCUCUCCAUAAUCAUUGUUGGUGUGGGCAAUGCAGACUUCACAGACAUGCAGAUUUUGGAUGGAGAUGACGGAGUCCUACGCUCACCAAAGGGCGAGCCAGUCCUCAGAGACAUUGUGCAGUUCGUGCCCUUCAGAGACUUCAAAACGGCUUCACCUGCAGCCCUGGCCAAAUGUGUUCUGGCGGAGGUGCCCAAGCAAGUAGUAGAGUACUACAGCCAUAAGGCCAUCUCCCCUAUGUCUCCUAUGAGGGAUUUACUGACCCCCAUCCUCAGCCCUGUCGCCACCACCCCGACAGAAUAACCACCCGUCCUGCUCUUGGGGACCAAGCUUUGACCACAGCACCAGUCCGGCAAACUGAGAGGGAGAAAGGACGCAUGCCUCGCGAUUUUGAACAAGGACUGAAGAGAAAAUCUUUCUAAAUGUGUUGUUGCUCAUUUAUUUCACACCUAUCAAAGUGAUUACGCAAGGACAGUAUACGACGGAGGCUGUGGGUUACAUUUCUCUGCUCAGUGUGGAUCCAGCGCUUCUCCCUGGCUGUGCAAACCAUGACCAUCCAGCUGUUUCAGCAUCAUGCGUCCUGGAGGAUUGUGUUGUUUUUUUCCCCCAAAAUUUGUAUGCAUGCAGGCCAAUCCUUCAGUGCUGACCCAUCGGGAUGAGGGCUUACUAUUCCUCAUUGCCCAUGACUCUGUCUAUUAUGUUACCUUAUGUCAUAUCUUCAGACAAUUUUGAAGAUGUACUGUACAGUACUGUAUGUCGCAAUCAAAAUUAGAUUGCUCAACUUGAAAAUACUGAGGAUAUUCAAUCCAGAUGUUAUACUGUAUAUUGAAUCACAGGAAGUGUGAAGAAGAGAUGCUGCAUCCAGACAUAUUAUUACAUACUAGUCUGUCUGUCUGCACGAUUGGCCUUAUUUUGGAUUACAAUAUGACAAUAUUUCCAGACACACACAGAUCACAAUUUCAAAUCAACCCUACCAUGAAUUGACAUUGAAACGGACCAAUGGCAUAUCAUAAAUUAGCUAUCUAUUGCUAAAAUUGAAAGCUCUGUUCCAAAGUGCACCAGCUAUUCUCAACAAACCAAAAAAAACAUCCAGUCUGCAACAGCAUGAACCAUGAAUGACACCACCCGUACCUAACAAAUACUGUACAAAAGCAGACAAUGCCCAGUGUGUUUGGCAGUUAGCAGGUGCAGGUUGCCAAGUUAGUAAAAUAAUGAGCUAAUCCCCCAGUAAUUAGGCCAGGUGAGAAACCAGCAGCAGUGGAAAAAUCGUUGUUUAGUUCUGAUGUGUCACCCCUUCAGACCUGCUCACCUUGUACAUCUGUGAAAAUGCAAGUGACAUAACUUCAGCAAUGUGUGAUAUUUGCUAUAGCUUGAGCUCUUUGUGUGCUUCUUUCAGUUACAACAGGGAACUAAUGAGUCAUAGCAAGACAGAAAAUACAGUCAGGUCAUCAGGUGGAAAGUUAAAGUAAGAUAUGUGUUCUGAACUGCCUUUUCUGAGGUUAUCUGAGAACAAAAGCCCGAAUAACAUUUUUCUCUAAGAGAAGAUGAACAACCGCACCCUAUUUUUGGUCUUUUGUCAGGUGGCUAUGGUAUAAACUGUGAAAAUCUGAAUUGUUCGUUAUUGUUGUCAUCCCUCUACCGUCAUGCAGGUAUAGCAGUCUUCACAUUUCUGCAGCGUGCUUCAUUAUUUUUUCCUUUCUGCUGCUUUCUAUAUGCAAUAUAAUUAUACUCGAUGUUUCAUAAGGGAUGUAUAAGCGCACAGCUUAGAUCCAACGAAAGCACAAAGCCGAUCACAGUGAGUGCUGUAAAACACGCGCUUAUGUUCAUAAAACCAGCUCUGGAAUGUGUUAUAUCAAUUACAUUGAUAUAACAAUAUUAAACAUCUGAAAUAUGAAUCAUUAUUAGCCGACCAAAUUUCCUCAGUGAUCAUUAAAACUUUUCUUAUCAUAAAAUUAGUAUUAGAGGUAAUUGCACAUGUGCAUCUCCAGAACAAACUGUUCUUUUCAUUUCCAAGAAGCUCUUGCCUGAAGCAUCACUAUUAACUUGAGAGGCUGCGUUUGAUUUUUCUGCUGUUUUAUUGAGCUCUACAAUCUUCAUCAGAUUCAAAAAGAUAUAGCCUUCACUUUCACAUACCUUGAAAUGUUUCCUUAGCUUUAUCAGGAACAUAUUUACAAAAUACAGACAAUUUAUUAUCAAGCAAUAAUUUGAGAGAUUAGAAUUAAAUAUAAAUCCCAUAAAGUCUCUCUCAGAGCUAAACAAAUUCUUUACUGUAAUGGAUCAUUUUCUGGCACUUCCCUUGGUUUUGGAUUGCAUAUGCAAACUAAUAUUGUUAAAGAACUACAAUGUGGACAUUUUAGAUCCAAAGAAAGCAUAAUAAAUCCCCUACAAAAUGUAACAUUUUAUGAAUAAAGCUCAAAAAUGGUUGCCCAUACCAGUAGCCUAACUGAAAAGCAUCAGCGACAUAAAUGCUUUUAAAACCUUACAGUAAUAAUACUGUUUGGUUUGGCACGACAGUUGAUCUGCUGCCUCUUUUAGUAGUGACUCUAUACUUUGUACAUUUGCUUGGUGCUUUUGCAUUUAUCUUAAAUGGUGUAUUUGUGCUCUGAAUGGUGACUAAUUCACUUGGCCGAAAUCCAUUAAAUGCAUUGGCAGAAUAUCUAGUCUUUACAGCUUCUCUAACAUACACACAUACACCCCCAAGCUACACAUAUUAAUCUGACUUUGAUUUGUCCUCUAGAGCUUCACCAGCCCUCCCAAGAUACAGACUAUUGACUCCUCGUGAAUGCACCUCAACACAGCUAGCGCUGCUGUUGGUUGCUCUCUGAACUCCUUUGAAGAUCACAACUAUUGAGGAUUCUUCUGUCACUAUGGCUCACAGGGCGAGGCCUAUUGAUUCAGCAGACCCAGAGUUGGAGACAUACUCAGCUACUUGAAUGUAAAUGAUCCUGGAGGUCUCACAACUUCAGUUAUGGGUGACAUUGUUGUUUAUUUAUUAAGAAACCUUGUCUCCUGUAAGGAUUCUUGGUUCUCAAGAGAUUUACAACACAAAAAGUGUGACCAAAAAGUUGCCAUUCUCAAAUGAUAAUUACUAUCAUAAAGCAUUUAGAAACCAGCUUUCCCACAAACCUUUAGUGGCUACCUAUUCUGACUAAAUAAGGCAGGAAGUGCAGAUAUCAGCCAAUAUUUCUGUUCCUUGAGUGCAAACCAGCUCACACAUGAAUAUCUAAAAGGCAUCAGCACGUCUUUUUUCCCUAUUGCCUGUAUCACCGUAUUGCUACUUUGCCUCAGGUUAUGAGCUGCACCAGCUCAAACGGUUCAUUACCCUGUACUCUUAACAUUUUUAUGAGAUGUGAUUUUACAAUUGAGCUCAGAAAAUGUUACUCCUUUAUCUAAUAAGAAUUUUGAAAAUUAUUUGAUUUUAUUUUUGCUAUCAAAUAUGUAAUACAAAAAUUCCAAAAUAAGUGUUUUCUCGGUUCAAACAUCAAUGCAAUGAGCCAUGCAAAUGUUUCUGGGGUUACCUGAAUUACGAAAUGUAUUAGAUGUCUUAUGCUAAUGUUAAACAGUGAUGCAUGGGUCUUUAAUGCCUCACCAGAUUUGCCCCAAACAAAUCACUUUUCAGACCAUCUUUGAAAGUUAUUUUUAUUUCUUAUUUUUAACAUUUGUCUUUUUCAUUAAGUGAAAAGUUCCACUGCAAUUAAUCAUGUAUGGAGUAUUCAAAGUAUAUCAUUGUGUGCUUGAGUGCAAGAGCGAGCUGAAUCUGAAGCCGAAAAAGCUUCAAAUAAAGAAAAACCCUUCAAGUUUUAAUGGGAAACCAUCAUUUGUGCCACAGUGGUGCAACAACAUGUGAGCUGAAACACUGGAGACAAUAAGUUCAUGUGACCAUCUUGCACUGCGGAUUAAAAAAAAGCUGGGAAGAAUUAACUGAGCUGCUUAUUUCCCCUUAUCUCCAUUGCACCAUUGUCCGACAAAAUUAACAAGUCAUAGGUUUUACACCACACUGGUGUAUUUAUAUAUUUCUCCCACUCUCUCUUUCACCCAUCAACUGCUAAUCAGGACUAGGUUUACAGCCCAUAACCCUAAUAUGCAACUGGUGUUACUGCAGGCCGUGUGGGGGAGAAGCAACCCAUGCAUCAUUAGUAAAUAUUUGAUUUCUUCAAAAGGAAGAAAGGGAUUUAUUGCAUGCUCACUUUUAUUGUUAAGCUGUGCUGUGCAGUCAUUCCUUUGGGUCUUAUGAUAUGCUAAUAUGCAAGCCUGCAUUUGCACAAACCUCUGUUCUUGUAGUUUACGCUCUCUGUCUUGCAGUUAGGUAAAUAAAUCUCAUCAUUUAACUGAAAA